AUGGAUAUACCGACAGAUGUCUGGGGUCAACUGGCCCUUGAGGCCGGCCAGGUGUAUUUAAGCGAGGGUGGAAUGAGAAGCCCCUUCGCUAAUACGACGAUAGAAAAACUGCCGGACAAAGUGCUGUUGAACAUAUUUUCAUAUCUGACGCACCGUGAGAUAUGUCGUAUGGCGACUGUGUGCAAGCGAUGGCGGAUGGUAGCCUAUGACACCCGAUUAUGGACACACGUCAGCUUGCGGCCCGAGAUUUCUGGACUACACGUUGGCUCGUUGGAAUCUCUACUCGCGCUAAUUUCAAUAAGAUUCGGUCCAUCACUUCGAUACAUUGAGUUGCCGAUCGAGCUGAUCACGCACACAGUUCUUCACGAGCUUGCAGCGAAGUGUCCCAACUUGACACACAUGCUGCUGGACUUUAGUACAGCUAUGCAACUACACGACUUCUCAGAAAUGCAAGCGUUCCCAACAAAACUGCGGUAUCUCUGCAUCUGCCUUUCUGAAGUCAUCUUCAUGGAGGGUUUCAUGAGAAAGAUCUAUAACUUCAUCAAUGGAUUGGAGAUAUUACAUUUGAUUGGAACGUAUGAAAAGGUAGAAGAAGAAGAGGAAGAGAUAUACGAAGUGAUAAACGUUCACAAGCUGAAGUCGGCAACGCCAAACUUGCGUGUCAUCAAUCUUUAUGGCAUCAACUUCGUUGACGAUUCACACAUAGAUGCGUUUAGCUCCAACUGCAUACAAUUGGAAUGUCUAGCGGUGAAUUACUGCAACAAAGUAACGGGUUCCACCAUGAAAACUCUCUUCCAACGAUCAAGAAGACUUACCUGUCUGCUUAUGAAUGGAUGCUGUCUCCAAUCAGAGUACGUCAUGCAAGUGGAAUGGGAGAAGUCCGCAAUUCAAGAGCUGGAUGUGACAGCAACGGAUCUCUCCACGGAGUGCCUAAUAGACAUGCUCACCCGGAUACCGAACCUGAGAUUCCUUAGUGCUGGACAAAUCAAUGGGUUCAAUGAUACUGUAUUGAAGGCGUGGCUCGAAGCUGGCACUACCAGGAGUCUUCUUGCCUUGGACGUGGAUUCAUCAGAUAAUCUUUCAGACGAUGCGUUGCAUCGUUUCUUGUCUCGUGUGGGAGCUCAGCUGUAUGGUCUAGUGCUUAGCGGAAUGCCACACAUAACUGAUCAACUUUGGCAGAGUGUUCUGCAGCUGUUGACUAAUGCUAAAAUUCUUAUAAUGGGGACACAAGAACGGCUCGGUGUUAACAUUCACGUAGAUCAGCUAAUGGACGGUAUCGCCAACAGCUGUCCUAACCUCGAACGAUUGGAGCUCCGCUGGGAUCCGGAAAAUCUUCGCUUCAGCGACAAGAGUCAAAAGGCGAUUGAUGUGCUGCGCGUAAAAUGUCUUAAAUUAAAAUGUUUGGUACUGAGUGACGGCCGCUACUACGAGAUCGUAAAGGCGAACUUCGAACGCGCCGAUCGAACUACAGUAGUAAGAACUUCGACAAACUGCCGCGUUUCCAACUACUACCUCCUUUCCAACUAUAAAGAUCUUAUAUUUAAUUAA